AUGUCGGCUAUAGAGAUACGGAAUGCUCAUGAAGCACAUAUUGUCAUGGAGGCAGUCCGCCUUGGACAACUUCCCCUCAUUUCCCGCCGCCUGAGUACCAAGGAACGUCUUGAACUAAUUCGGCACGGUGCAGUCUUCGUUUGGGAAGAAUCGGAUUACCGCGGUGGUGUCGACCGUGGGGGGAUCGAGCGAUGGACAGACGGAUGCAAGUGGUCCCAAUCCCGCAUGCAUGAACCGUUUCUCCUGUAUGAGGAGAAAGCCGAAGUGCCGAAAGAGGAGUCCGAGAAGCUGUCGGGAGACAAAAAAGGUGACGCUGCAUCACGCGCCCGUCGCCAAAACCGCCCAAAUAAGCCUGACGGCUUGACCAAGCAAACAUAUUCUGCUUUGCUCAGUCCCGAUGCUGUACCUCCAGGACAGAAACCCGCAAAAUGGCAUCUUACGUGCUAUUUCCAACGCCCAAACCAUACUCAGCUACCUCUUGUGGAAGAGGAUGGCCCGCUCUCAAAGAUCCAGCCGCAGGCUGGUACAUUCGUAACCGCCAAGGGACUUACUCGACGGAAAAGCGCGGCGGUCUCGCUCGAUCCCGCUGAUGAUGCACUUGCACGGCUGCACACGGGGAGCAUCAAUGGAACUCAAAUGGGGGGCGGCGUUUCCCUCCGUGGUUUAAAUGGCAGUAUCGCGGAGACUGAAAGUGAUGUUUCUAUCUCGCCUAGUGUCAGCACUAGCCCUCAGUCGCCAUACGACAUGCGAUAUACAGCACAUAGCCCUUGGUCUGGGACGUCGUCAUUGACUGGCAACUCGCCGCUUACUCCUCCAGCUCAAUACGGUGUCCCACAUUCGCCGCAUGCAGUCGCUCCCCAUUACUCACCUGUGGUUAUGCCGCAGUAUCAAUACCCUCCUCAUGCAGCCGCCUACACGCACCCGGCUUCUCAACCCCAACUUGGCCCCACAUCGGCAUCGCCGAACAGUAACUUCCACAUGUUUCAGUCAUCCUCACGGGAGAAUCUGUCUCUGCCUCCCAUCAGGAGCACUCACAAUGUCCAACGUGCCCGGCUUCCGUCCGUUCCAGUACAUCCAUGGUGCACGGCGGACGCAACCGGACUGGGCGUCCAAAUGCCUCCACCCAUGACCAAUGGAGUAACAUACGGCGGUACACAAGGAAUACCCACAGGCAACAGCGCCAUUUAUGACGCCAGCCGAGGAUGUUACGUCGACACUUUGGCUGGCAGAUCACAAUAUCAUGACGACCAUCGGGCUUGGGGACCAGGUGUUGCGAUCAAGAACGAAUGA